CCAAGCUGUUGUCUAUCACGCGUUUCCUCUGGAGGGACUCUCGCAGGUCGCGUCGCAGUCGCUCGUAGUAGGGCAUGCCGCGCGAGGCAUCAGUCGCUGUGUUUCCUGCGCUUGCGGGCGGCGCGUUCUCCGCCAUUGUGGCAAUGACUCUUGAUGGUCGAUUAGGGUAGCAAGUCUCGUAGUUUUGGUCGUUCGCAGGUGGUUUAGACGUUUCGAAGCGCUUCCCAACGUCACGACUAAAGAUGAGGUUCGGCGCACGGACCUAAAUGCCAAGCAUGCGGGCCGACAACAGCAAACGACAACAUGCCUUCAUUCAGACCGUUAUCGCCAGCCAGCGCCGUUCUCUCGCCCCUCUACGCUCCUCGCGCUUAUAUAUCUCUGUCGCCGCGCUCGAAUCCUCCAACAAAAGUAAACUCUGCGCUUCCUCGCCUCCGAUCGACAACCGCACACGACACUCUACCACAAUGGACGUCAAAGAAGUCGAGCUGCGCGGCAAGGCCAUCAACAAGGCUAUUAGCGAAAAGGAGCCCAGCUCCUCUCUGCUGAAGCUCCUCAGCGACCUGGACAACGGCCUCAAACCUACCGAAGAUUUAUUGCGACAGACAAGGAUCGGCGUCACGAUAAACAAGCUGCGCACACACAAUGACCCCGCCGUAGCCUCGCUCGCCAACAAGAUGGUGUCCAAAUGGAGAGAAGAGGUGAACAAGCAAAAGAAGGGAGCUGCGCGACCAAAGGCGCCCAUGGCAAAUGGCACUGCGUCACCUGCGCCGGCUUCCGGCACGCAGUCGCCGAUGCCUAACAAGAAGAAGCACAACGUGGACCCAGAGAAGCGGAGCCAUAAGACAGACAAUGUCAAGUAUCAGGUUACUGGGGUGGAUGCGCGGGAUGCGUGCGUAAGGCUAAUGUACGACGGAUUGGCUUUCAUGAGCGAGGAUCUGCCGGAAGACAUCCUUCCCGUAGCCAAAGCUGUCGAAGCUGCCGCCUUCAAGAAAGCCGGAAGCGCCACUAACGACGGCUACAAGCAAAAGAUGCGCUCCCUCUUCCAGAACCUCAAGAACAAGUCCAACCCCUCUCUGCGCAAGCGCGUGCGGUCCGGCGAAGUCACCCCGGAACGAUUUGUCACCAUGUCGCAUGACGAAAUGAAGUCUGCGGAGCGCCGCGCGGAAGACGAGAAGCUGGAGAAGGAGAACAUGAACCAAGCGAUGGUGGCACAGGUCGAGAAGAGUAUCUCCAAAGAGUUCCAGUGCGGCAAGUGCAAGCAAAAGAUGGUUUCUUAUAGCCAGGCACAGACAAGAUCCGCUGACGAACCGAUGACAACGUUCUGCGAGUGCAUGAAUUGCGGCAAUCGGUGGAAGUUCUCUUGAGCGAUCACGUGGGUGCGGCGACAGAGGCUGGAAUGGUGCGUGUACGAUUCUGGGUGUUCGAACUGCAGCAGUGGCAGGCGUUUCCAUGGGCAUGGGAGGCGUCAAUUCAGCACGGUGCUGACUUUUACCUUUUUUGAAGGCGGUCGGACUAAACUUUAGCUCAAGGUUCUUCUUUCGGAUUACAUGCGCCUCGAUGCGUUUUAUGGUUCCGCUUUGGAAGAUUGGAGGACUACACAAUAUUCUUUAGUCUUUACUAAAAAGACUCGCUCGAGGACUAAGUAUAUCGAGUCGGACAGACACUAUUUCUAGCUGCUGUAGAUUGCUAAAGCUUAAAGUCAGAUAUUUCAAA